AUGACCACAUUUGUUGAUGAAAUAAAAAAUUUUAAGGGUGAUUAUAAAAAUAUUUAUUCAUAUAUUGAAAAACAAUUGGUUUAUUUUUACCAUCUGUCAAUUCAACAUAAUGAUAAAGACUCAAAAAAUUUGUUUAAAGAAUCAGUUGAGUCAAUUUCAUUAAUAUGUAGUGACAAUGAUGAUAUUUCUCUCUCAAUUUCAAUCUUAAACUCUUUUAAAACUUUUUUAAUAAAAAAAGUAGAAAUUAAUGAAAAUAAUUUAGGGUUAUUAAAUAUUUAUAAAUGGAUAAUUAGUGGAUUAUUUAAUAAAAAACUUGUUAAAAUUAAUUAUCAUAAAAAUCAAAUUAAUUCAUCACAAUUUUCUCAAUUAAGAGAAUUAGUUGAAACAGUUUUAAUUUUAUCAAUAAAGUUAUUAGAUAUACCAGAAUUUCUUAAAACUAUUGAAGAACAAAAACAAUUUAAUAAUGAAAAAGAAUAUAUUGAUAGUAUAAAAAGAUCAAAUUUAUUUACAGAUAGAAUUAUUAUAAUAUUUGAAAUUAUUUUUCAAUUUUUUAAUAGUGAAAUUGAUAAAAAUAGUAUAUUAAAUUUAGAAAUUAAAAAUACUUCCUUAAAUCAAUUAUUUUAUAGAAUAUUAGAAUAUAAAAUAAUAAAUGAUAAUAAUAAUAGUAAUAAUAAUAGUAGUAAAAAUAGUGAUAUAAUUUCAAAACAUUGGACAAAUUUAGAAAUUUCAAAUAUUUGUAAUGAAUUAUUAAUAAAAUUCCAACUAUAUUAUUCAAGAAAGUAUGAAUUCAUUACAAACUUAUUAGAAUAUUAUAAAUGGUCAAGAACGACAACAGAGAUACAUUUUAAGUUAUUAGGAUCAUUAGAAGAUAAUGAAAAUAGAUGGAAAUAUAAUUCACCCUAUAUUCAUUCCUUUCAAAUGUUUAUUCAAUCAUUAAAAACAACAACAACAACAACAACACCAUCAUCAUCACCAUCAUUAUCAUCAUCGGAUGACCAUUUAUUUGAAUACCUUUAUACAACAUCACCAAUCCAAUCACAUCGUCUUAUAUUAUCAAUAAUUUUUAAUUUAUUAGAUUGUACUUCCAAUGAUAUUAAAUUUAUUGGUAUCGACAUUUUAAAUUAUUUAAAAUUAAAUUUUAAUAAUAAUAAUCAUUUUAAAUCAUUUUUAAUAAUUGAUAAUAAUAAUAAUAAUAAUAGAGAUAUUUAUAUAAAAUUAUUUGAUAUUUUUAAAUUAUUUGAAUCAGUUAAUCAAAAUGAUGUAUUUAAAUGUGCACAUUUAUUAUUUGAUUUAUUAUUAAUAUUAUAUCCAAUAAAUUUAAAUAAUAAUAAUAGUUUAAUUCAUCCAAAUUUUAAAAUAAUAACAAAUAAUAAUAAAAAUAAUAAUAGUAAUAAUAAUAAUUUAAAAGAAAUUACAAUUUUUAAUAAUAAUUUUAAAAAAUAUCAAGAUAUAAUAAUGUUAUUAAUUUCAAUAUUAGUUAAUCAACAACAACAAGAGCAAAAAGAAAUUGAAUCAAUUAAAAAAUUAAUAAUAUUAAAAGAAUGUAAUAAUAGAAUUUUUAAAGAACUUGGUUUACAUUGUAUACAAUUUUUCAAUUUAUUAAUACCAUCAUUAUUAGAAAAUCUUGGAACUUGUUCAAUUAAAUCUGAUCAAUUAUUAAUUUUAGAAAUUUUAAAUUCUUUAGAUGAAAUUAUUAAUUAUUGUUGGUUACGAAUUAUAAAUUCAAAUUAUUCAAUUGAUAUAAUAAAUUCAAUUUCUCCAUUAUACAGUAAUAAUAAUAAUAAUAAUAAUAAUAAUAAUAAUAAUAAUAAUAAUAAUAAUAAUAAUAAUAAUAAUAAUAAUAAUAAUAAUAAUAAUAAUAAUAAUAAUAAUAAUGAAUCAUCCAACGUAUAUAAUAAUAUUAUAAUAUCAAUUCUAGAUAGAUUAUCAUUUUCAUUUAAAAAAUUAAACAAAUAUGAUAAAUUCAUUGGCAUUUUUAAUAAUGAAAGUAAUUUAAAAAAUAAUAUCGAUUUCUUUAAUUUAUUCAUCGAAAAAUAUAAUAAAUAA